CGCGUGUAAGUCUCAACUUCUCGUGAUUUUUAACUUUUUUUUUUUUUUUUUGAAUCGUAAAAUGUUAUUAAUUUUAUACGUGCCACUUUUACUUGCAGCAUCAUUUCAGACGGCGACUGCAGAUGAAAUAGAAACAGUGGUGGCAAACAUUAACAAAAAUGGCUUUACGGAGUCGCUUUUAUUCGAUGUGAUCAAAGUAGACAAAAAAUCUUCCAAGAAAGAUUUAAUCAAACAAUUAGAAUCACCCAAAGUUCAAGAAAAACUAAUUGCAACUGCUCUCAAGUACGCUACAGCGAAUGUAAAUGAUGCAGCUAAGGGAAGCAUAGGCAAAGAACGUAGUUCUUGGCGUGAUUAUUGUUCGUAUAGUUGGGUACGAUGGUUAUCUUUUAUGAAUUGCAAAGAUGAUUCUUCUGGUUCUACGGCUGAACUCGAUCGAGAAGAACAUCACAGUUUUCAAGUGAUGAAAGAAAGUCACCGAUGCUAUAAACCAUCGUCUGAUUUAGAUUGGUAGAAUUUACACAAUAUGAAUUUUUAAAAAAAUAGUUAGGUACCUCGUAAUAUAAUCAAAAUUAAUAAGCUCAAAUAUUUUUUUUUUUUUGAAAAUUUUAAUACCAAUACCUACAAUUACAUUACUAGGUUAGAUACCCAGAUUCACAACAAAUAAAUACCUGAAUAUUUGUGACGUUGGUAAAUAGUCUACAUUUUAUACCACCAAUCCUGCAUCUUUCGCCAUACCAUAAAACGCAGAACUUCUGUCAUUCAAAAGAAUUUGAGGCGUAUCAAACUCCUUCACUAAACCAUUAUCGAGCAAUAAAAUCCUGAAAGCAAAUAAACGAAAAUUAGAACUCUCCAUCUAAUGUACAAGUAUACCUACUCAGCGACUAGGUAAGUAAUUAUUAAAUAAAAUAAAAUUUACCUAUCUGAAUCCAUAA